AUGAAAUUUCCUUUGAUUCAAGUGUUUUUGGUAGUAGUUGCUGCUACUGCAGCUUCAGCAGAUAUCGGAGAGUUUUUUGAUAAUUUGUUUAGUGUAUUCAAACCUUCUGGAAAUGAAACGGAUUCCUCUGUGGAAGAAGUAGGAAACACUACAGUUUCACCCGUCAACUAUAACGUUACAGAGCAUACUACAAACGUGGUGACUGUUUUAAAUGAAACAGUUGUUACUCAUAGUCCUGUAGAAGUUUUCAAUAGCUCAAUUCAUUCAAAUGUCACAACUACGGAGCCAGUCGGUUUAACCUUAAAUUCUUCUACUUCGUCUCCGAAAGAAGAUUUUUUUGAAAACUCUACAAUCGACAUAGAGUACGCCAAAACACUCAACGAAUCAACAACAGAAAAACUUAACACAACGACCGUAGUCUACAAGCUGUUCCAUCCGAAUACUACGACCACUACGGAGGCUACCACGGCAACCAACUCAACAGAGAAUACGACCGCUCCGAUUGUGGGUACUCCAACCCUAACUCUACACAAUUCUUCCGAAGUUAUACCAUCGGCUGCGAAACGGGAUGCUUCUCUAACCAUAACCGAGUCGGCAUUACCGGUAACAGGUUCUUCGAUUGCUCCCCCAUUAGCAUCGUACAAACUGUCGGCUGGAGUAACCUGCAGCUUUUCUGUGAAUAAAGAUACCAAUUCAAUAGUUGUCUCCUGCGGCAGUGACUCAGCGACCAAUGUGACAAACUCUAACGCCACUUCAACGACACCAGCGCAUACCAUUAAGAGAAGAAGUGUGGAAGUUAUCGAGUUGCCACACGGUAUUUUGGCUUACGAGGAAGACGGCAGUGGAUCUUUCAGUGGGGAUUCUUUUGGAGAGUCCACAGAAAGUUAA